CACGGAGUCUUUUCUCCGAGCUUUUGUUUAUUUCCGGAACACAUGUUACUUGCGUAAAACUGUUGUGAGACGCGUAUUGGCGCGGGCAAGUACGGGAGAAUCGGGUGUGUACAUCAAUCGUUUGCAUUUCGAACAGGUGAGUUCUUCCUCCUAAUUUCCCUUACCGUAUGAAAACGGAAAAGGAACGCCAGCUUAGUUUGCACUUUCGCCUUCCUGGAAAAGGACUGCAAUGAUGCGGGACCGAGGGGACCUGAGAGAGACCCUGCAAAACAAGGCUCGCGAUCUGUUCGCCUUAUGCGAUCCGGAGGGCAAAGGUUACGCCACAAAAACCGACAUCGAAGCCCUGCGCGAUGAGGUGCCCUUGCCGCCCAACCAGCUGCUCCAAGUUUUCGAUGCCCUCGAUGCAAACGGAGACGGAAAACUGACUUUGCACGAAUUCACAGAUGGCUUCGGCAUAUUCCUUGGCAUAGAUGCACUGCCUCAGAACAAUUCAGAUGCCCAGGGAGGAAACGAAACCGAGGACGACGAUGAAAUGCUCGAAGAGUUACUCGAUCAUCUCGGAGCAAGAAACCUUUUCACAGACGAAGAAUAUGUUCGUGAAAUGUGGAGUCGUGUUCGCAAAGAAGAUCCUGUCAUGCGUUCGAAUUUCGAAAAGUUUAUCUCCAAAAUGGCAGCAGAUCUGAAGGAAUCAGCCAGAGAGCGAUCGAAUCUUCAGACAACCCUGAAAAAUCGUAAAGAGGAUCAUGAAGCUCAAGUUCAGUCCCUGUACAUGGAAAUGGAGGAACAACUGCGGUCAGAGAAAGAGAGAAUUCUGGAACAAGAACGACGAAAAGAGCAACGCUUAAGAGAUGAACUGGAGGCAGAGCUGCAAUUAAAAGACCACCAGUUAAAAGACUUGCUCGAGAAGCACGCUCAGAUAGAAUCGCAACUGGAUGAACUCAAUUCAGUGGAUUCCGAAAAGAAGUCAGAAAACGUCAAACUCCAGAAAGACAGGGACCACCUGGAGUCGCGGCUGGCUGCCUCGGAGAGAAUGCUGCACGAGAUGAAGAACCAGCUCUCCCUCCUGCGGAAGAGAAGCAUCGAGGAGCGAAGGAAGAGGGCACAAGCAGCUAUCAAAGUUUCCGAAGGAAUAGCGCUGGAAAGAGAAAAUUUAGUGAUGGAACUACACCAUCUCAAGGAAAUAAAUAAACAACUGUUGGACGAAAAAGACGAAUUAGCUCUUGGGACGGUACAACAUAUGCCAAAGCGUGUGAAUUCAUUUAAGAAAAAUUCACAGAUCGAAAGAAGAGCUGACGGCAACAGCACAGAAAUAAAAUUGCCAAUUCACAUGAACCAUUCAGAUUCGGAAGAUCAACAAAACGGUUCAGAAACACCUGGAAAGGUUCGCCGCACAUCACUUGAAAGAACACUAGCAGACAACCAUCCUCUGUCAGAAACAGAACGCUAUAAAAAUGUACAUGCGAAUAGACGUCCUGAAGAUGCAGUCCUGAGCACCUCCUCGGGGGGAUCGGAUAUGGAAGACGUCGAUCUGGACAUCCAGAACAACCUCAACAGCCCGCAGCGAGAGAAAAGCGGGCGAAAGUACGACCCUCCCUCCACGUCAUCGGACAGAUACAAAAGCAGAGCGAAUAGUACUGCAUCAGUUACUUCUCGGAAAGGUUUGCAGCAAAAAAUAGCAAAACGCAAGUCAGGCCUAGAGGAUGCAGCUCCGACCCGAGUUUUCAAGGUGGUGUUUGUUGGAGAUUCAGGAACGGGGAAAACUAGCAUCUUGCAAAGAUUUUGCACAGAUACUUUCAAAGCAACCUUUAGUGCCACCAUAGGAGUCGAUUUUCAAGUAAAGACAAUUGAAGUGGACGGUGAAAGGAUAGCUCUACAGCUUUGGGACACAGCUGGACAAGAAAGAUUUCGAAGUAUGACGCAUCAGUAUUUCCGGAAAGCAGAUGGUAUUAUCAUAGUGUACGAUGUGACUUCAGAAACCACCUUCCGAAAUGUUCGGAACUGGAUGCACAAUAUUCAGGAAGGAGCUCAAGAAAGUGUGAUGGUUUUACUCAUAGGAAAUAAAGUAGAUUUAUGCGAAUCUGAAACAGACCGCGUCGUACGAACGAAAGAUGGAGUCAGAUUGGCCGAUGAGUACGGCUCUUUAUUUUUUGAGACUAGUGCAAAAAAUGGAGACAGUGUUUGUGAAGCCAUUGAAGCUCUAGCAAGCGUCUUGAAAACUAAAGAGGAUGAAGCAAUGGAACACGUGCUGAAGCUACAAGAGGAAGAAAUGGAGAAACGGAAGCGGAAGUGCUGCUGACAUUCAUUUUGCUGCUUACUAAGAACUGGUCACACGUUCAUAUUUGUACAGAUGUUUUUAUACGUUUGAAGUAAUUUUGAUUGUUUCCAAAUAAAAAGAAAUAUUUUUAUUUU